AUGGCUGAGGCUGCUUUCAAGCAGAUGAUAGCAACCUCGUUGCGCCAAACCAGGCCACAAUCCUUUCGCCACACGAAACCACUUCGCUAUCCCCAGCGUCCAUUGUCGACUACGCCGGCUGGGCAACCAAAGCCGGCUCGAGACACUCCUCAAUGGCAAGCACAUAAAGUGCAAUCAUCAGGCCAACCUGCACGGGAAAGACGUCGCUUGGACAAACUGCGCAACGAACAUGAACCGCGGUCCUUCUCCUCUUUUUUGACCGACAACUACUCCAGGGAGCACAACUACCUGCGUAUAUCCGUUACCGAACGUUGCAAUUUACGAUGCCUUUAUUGCAUGCCGGAGGAAGGUGUGCCGCUGUCCCCGUCGGAGCAGCUAUUGACCACGCCGGAGAUCAUCUACCUGGCCGAAUUGUUUGUCAACCAGGGCGUAAACAAAAUUCGAUUGACGGGUGGUGAGCCGACCGUCCGCAAAGACAUAGUCGACCUCAUGCAUCAGAUUGGAAAUCUCAGGAAAAAUGGAUUGAAAGAGCUGUGCAUAACUACAAACGGGAUAUCCUUGCACCGUAAGCUGGACUCGAUGGUCGAGUCUGGUUUGACUGGGGUGAAUCUAAGCUUGGACACCCUCGAUCCUUACCAAUUCACCAUCAUGACCCGCAGAAAUGGGCACGACGCCGUCAUGAAGUCCAUCAAUCGUAUCCUGGAGAUGAACAAAAUCGGCGCAGGGAUCCGGCUGAAGAUCAAUUGUGUGGUCAUGCGCGGACUGAACGAGAGAGAAAUACUGCCCUUUGUUGAACUUGGCAGAGAGCAAGACAUUGAAGUGCGCUUCAUCGAGUACAUGCCCUUCGAUGGCAACAAAUGGUCAGAAAAAAAGAUGAUCAGCUUUGGCGAAAUGCUCGCGCUUAUUCGGCAAAAGUAUCCGGAUGUACAGAAAGUCCAAGACCACAAGAACGACACGAGCAAAACAUACCAGAUCCCCGGCUUCGUUGGUCGCAUGGGCUUCAUCACCAGCAUGACGCACAACUUCUGUGGCACAUGCAACCGACUCCGCAUCACUGGCGACGGCAACUUGAAGGUCUGCCUCUUUGGAAACGCCGAAGUAUCCCUUCGUGAUAUUCUCCGGGAAUCCAACAACGGAAGACCUAUUGACGCCGAGGCCAUGGAGGCUCUCAGGCAACUCGAGAUGGAUAGGCGACAAGCCCUUCCAGAUAGUACUGGUGAGUUGGGGGUUUCCGAAAAGGAAGCUCGACUACUCGACGUCAUCGGCAUGGCCGUCAAACGGAAGAAGGAAAAGCACGCCGGCAUUGGCGAGCUAGAAAAUAUGAAGAACAGACCAAUGAUCCUAAUCGGUGGGUAA